CAGUGGAACGGAUGUGAAGGCGGAGUGUCUCGUUUCAUGACUUCAGGCAGAGAGCCACAUGUUGAUAUAUAACCGUCCGUUACCUCUCUAAUCUACAAUUCAACAGACGAGAGAUAAACAUCUCAUCUGGUUCACUUCUCCUGAACCCUGCAAACGACAAUAAACAAGUGUUUACAAUGAAUCAGGAAACACUCUCCCUCCAACCCUCCUCCCCCCUACCCCUCCCGGAGUCCCUGGGCCGUACCUCUCCUGGUAACACCUUACUGCUGGGUCUGAAGAGGUUGUCUGUGCGGCUGGUCGACUGCAGGAAAACACCGGAGCUAAGGGACAGUCCUAACCGUUACUCUCUCAGUAGAAGGGGCUUGUCAUCUGGGGAGGCUAAACAACAUCAUGAUAAUGAGGAGGCAGAGAAAAGUCUCUCCAGAUCAGAACACCUCAAGAAACACCAGCAGAGACCCACAAGGAAGAAAUCUCACUGCUGCUCUGACUGUGGGAAGAGGUUUACCUCUUCAGCAAACCUUAGACGACACCAGAUAAUUCAUACUGGAGAGAAACCUUACAGCUGUGAUCAAUGUGGGAAGAGAUUCAAUCAGAGAUUCAAUCUGAAGUCACACCAGAUCAUACACUCAGUAGAAAAACCUCACUGCUGCUCCCAGUGUGGAACUUGCCUCUCCUCUGCCAGGGCACUAGAAGGACACAUGCGGAUUCACACUGGAGAGAAACCGUACCAGUGCUCAGAAUGUGGGCAGAGAUUUACAUACUCCAGUGGUUUACGGUUACACGAGAGAAUAAAACACACCGGCGAAAAACCCCACUGUUGCUCUGACUGCGGGAAGAGAUUUGCUACAUCGCAAAGCUUAAAAGCUCACUGGCGGAUUCACACUGGAGAGAGACCGUUCCACUGCUCUGAGUGUGGGAAGAGUUUCACACAAGCCUCAGCACUGUCUGAACACAAACAAAUACACACAGGAGAGAAGCCUCACCAUUGUGAGCAGUGCGGCGGAAGCUAUUCCUCCGCUAAGUUACUCAGAAUACAUCAGAGGAUUCACACAGGGGAGAAACCUUACCAAUGCACUGACUGUGGGAAAAACUUCAGAUUUUUAUCUUCUUUAAGAUGUCACCAGCUAAGACAUACUGGAGAGAAGCCCCACCAAUGUACUGAGUGUGGGAAGAGGUUUGCUGUUAAGAGUGGGCUCUGGUCACAUAACAUAGUGCACACUGGAGAGAAAGGCUACCAAUGCCCACAGUGCGGUAAGAAGCUAGGAUCAUCUACUUCUCUAGAGCAGCAUAAGCGAACACACACUGGACACAAACCCUUCCACUGUUCCCACUGUAAAUUGAGCUUUGCCACUAAUUCAGCCCUGUACAAACACCAGAGAAUUCACACAGGUGAGAAACCACACAGCUGCAAUGUUUGCCAGAGGAGUUUUGGACGGUCGGAUCACCUGAAAAAUCACAUGCAAAUUCACACAGGAGAAAAGCCAUACCACUGCUCUAAGUGCGAGCUGAGUUUCACUAACAACAGAUCUCUGAAAGAACAUGAGGUCAGACACACAGAAGAUAAACCUCACUGCUGCUCCCAGUGCGGUGCUAGUCUCUCUUCUGCCAGGGCACUGGAAGGACACAUGCGGAUUCACACUGGAGAGAAACCGUACGAGUGCUCUGAAUGUGGGCAGAAGUUUGCACAUAGAGCCAAUCUUGGGAAACACCGAAGAAUACACACAGGAGAGAAACCCUAUCACUGCUCUGACUGCAAGAAGAGCUUUUCAAGACUUUACUAUUUCAAAAAGCACAAGUUCACACAUUCAGAGAAGAUAAUGCUGUAAUCUACACCUUUAUUAGCCUGAUAUAAUGCUGUAAUCUACACCUUUAUUAGCCUGAUAUAAUGCUGUAAUCUACACCUUUAUUAGCCUGAUAUUAUGCUGUAAUCUACACCCCGAUUAGCCUGAUAUAAUGCUGUAAUCUACACCCCGAUUAGCCUGAUAUUAUGCUGUAAUCUACACCGUUAGUAGCCUGAUAUAAUGCUGUAAUCUACACCUUUAGUAGCCUGAUAUAAUGCUGUAAUCUACACCUUUAUUAGCCUGAUAUAAUGCUGUAAUCUACACCUUUAUUAGCCUGAUAUAAUGCUGUAAUCUACACCCCGAUUAGCCUGAUAUGCUAAUUAAUUCUUAUAAUAAACGUUGUUUUAAGAAUCUG